AAGAUAUAUUCAUUAGAUAAAAGAUCGAGCAAUGUAAACUUAACUCACUUUGCCGUUUCAUAAAAGAAUGUACUUUAUAGGUCAUAACUCGUAAUGAAACGAUGAUAUAAAUCACAUUCAAGUAAAUUAUAUGCUCAUAUAUAUACAACAUAUUUACCGCUAGUAUGCUAAUAACAUUUAUGGCAUGUUCUGAGUAAGUAGGAAGCAAGAAGAGAAGAAGAUGAGCAGCCAUAAUUGAGGAGCUUUGAGAGAAAAGAUAGAAAAAAAAAAAACUGCAUUUAUUAAUUGUAUUAUUGAGGAGCUACUUGUAUUAUGAUAAUAACAAACAUCCCAAAAUCGAGGAAACAAACAUAAACUAACUAAACCAAUUUGACUAUACCAUGAACUCCAAAACAAUAAGUGGCAAUGAAUAGAAAUGAUGGUGUUCAAAGCCAUGAACUAUGUCAUAAAAUCUAUGUCAUGAAAGGCCAUUCGAACCAUAAUUCAUGUCAAUUAGUUUAAUUUUACAACAGUAUUAUUAUAUUUUAUUUCUUCUGCUUAUCUUUAUUUCUUGUUCUUUUACUAAACGUGUCAUAAGCUUAUAAACCGUGAGUAGGUGCUUUAAAUGAGGUGACUCCGUGGCAUAAUAAUUGAUAAAUAAAUGCACACAUAUUGAGAGUAUCAAAACAAAAAUCCUAACAAUGAUAAUAUAGUAUAUAACCUCUAAGUCUAACAAACCAAGGAGCUACAUACGUUCAAAAACAUUAAUAGUAGAUUAGUAGUAUUAGGAAUCCCAUGAUACUCGCUAUCUCGUAAGCAUCUUAUAAAAAAAAAAAAAAAACUAAGUAUCCCCACAUUAAUUAGCUGCUACGGUGCUACCUAGUUUGUUUUAAUAUGCUAAUUACUAAUUAGACAGCCAAUAAUUCAAUUAAUUGAAAGUCAUCUAUUAUCAAUGGCUAUUGAAGAAGCAGGAAUUGAUGAUUACACAAAAGAUGGAACAGUUGAUCUCAAAGGCAACCCUGUUCGUAGAUCCAAGCGUGGUGGUUGGAGAGCUUGCUACUUUUUUGUCGUGUACGAGGUGUUUGAGAGGAUGGCAUAUUAUGGAAUAUCAUCAAAUUUGGUGUUGUACAUGACAAGAAAACUUCACCAAGGAACAGUGGAGUCAGCCAACCAUGUAACUAAUUGGGUAGGCACCAUUUGGAUGACUCCUAUUAUCGGUGCUUAUAUCGCUGAUGCCUACCUUGGACGUUAUCGAACUUUUCUCAUUUCUUGUGCCAUUUAUCUUUCGGGAAUGUCACUUCUAACACUAGCAGUUUCACUUCCUGGGCUGAAAUCACCUCCUUGCAAUGAAGCCCAAUUAUCCAAUUGUAAGAAGGCCUCACCACUUCAACUAGCUGUUUUUUAUGGAGCACUCUAUAUCUUAGCAGUUGGGACAGGUGGGACCAAGCCCAACAUCUCAACAAUUGGGGCAGACCAAUUUGAUGAUUUUGAGCCCAAAGAGAAGGCACAAAAACUCUCAUUCUUCAAUUGGUGGGAGUUUAGUAUUUUCUUUGGAACCUUGUUUGCUAACACAAUCUUAGUCUAUGUUCAAGACAAUGUGGGCUGGACUCUAGGUUACGCGCUACCGACUAUUGGGCUUGCCAUAUCCAUUUUAAUAUUUUUAUCUGGAAGUCCCUUUUAUAGGCAUAGAUUGCCUAAUGGAAGUCCCUUCACAAAGAUGGCUAAGGUUAUUAUGGCUGCCAUUAGGAACCGGAACGCGUCGUUCCCUAGUGACCUUAAGCAGUUGUACGAGCUCGACUUGGUUGAGUACACCAAGGGUGGGAUGUAUAGAGUGGAAUCAACUUCAUCAUUAAGGUUCCUAGACAAAGCCGCGAUAGUCACAGGUUCAAAGGAUCCUUGGAAGUUAUGCACGGUUACACAAGUGGAAGAGACGAAGCAAAUGAUAAGAAUGCUUCCAAUCUUGAUUACGACCUUCAUCCCAAGCACGAUGUUAGCACAAGGACAAACCCUUUUCGUCAAGCAAGGUACCACAUUGGAUAGGAGCAUAGGCAAGUUCCACAUCCCACCAGCAUGCCUAACCGGGUUUACAACAUUCUCAAUGCUCGUUUGUGUCGUUCUAUAUGACAAAAUCUUCGUAAAAUUCAUGAGAAAACUAACUAAAAAUCCAAGAGGGAUUACAUUGCUUCAAAGAAUGGGACUUGGCCUAGUAAUUCACACAAUCAUUAUGAUAGUUUCAUCAUUAGUUGAGAGGAGAAGACUUAGUUUUGCUAGGGAACAUGGUAUGGUUGAAAGUGGUGCACAACUUCCUGUAACAAUUUUCAUUUUACUCCCUCAAUUCGUUCUCUUAGGGGUUGCUGAUGCAGUCCUAGAAGUGGCAAAACUCGAGUUCUUCUAUGAUCAAGCUCCUGAGGGAAUGAAGAGUCUUGGAACAUCUUAUUCAACUACGACUAUAGGUAUUGGGAAUUACAUUAGUAGUUUCCUCCUAUCAACAGUUGCGCACCUUACAGCCGAGCAUGGACACCAAGGGUGGAUUUUGAACAACCUUAACGCCUCUCAUCUUGAUUAUUACUAUGGGUUCUUUGUGAUACUUAAUGUGGUAAAUUUCAUCAUUUUCUUGCUUAUAGUUAGGUCUUAUGUUUAUAGGGCUGAAAUUUUCGAUUCAUUGGACGUGCUUAGAGAUGAAUUGCAUCAAUGACGACUAUUUUGCGACAAUUAUUGAACAGGAUUAUUUGGAAAUGUAUAUUCCCCCACAUAUGAAAUUGACAUCAUAUAAUUUGUUUUCUUACAAAAGUUUUUUUUUUUUUUUUUUUAUAUUUUUUAAUAUUUUUUUAAUAUUUUGUGACAAGAUUUGAUUUCAUAUCUUGAAUACUACGGAGUACAUUACUACCUGAUAACACUUAAACAAACUAAGUUGUACCCAACUCCACUCUGUUGGUAAAAAUACCUGUCGAUUCCAAUACAAAAAAUAGAGAAGAUGAAAGGGAAAAUACUUGAUUGAAGAUCUCAAACUCACAGUCGCGCCGUGGAACAAUAAUCCACUGCCUUAGAAGCGAAAUACGCCACCACCGGUACAGGUUUCUAGAUGACGCACGCCCCCCAAGUUUAAUGAAACUCUCCCCGUAA